AUGAUGGAGAACGAAGGAAAGGAUGAUGUAACUCAAGAAGUUGAAGAAUUGGUACAAAGCCAUGAUAAAGCGGUGGGUGAACAAACUUUGAAACUCUUCGUUCGAGGUCUUUGUUUAAAAGGUCCGUUUCAGGGAGAAGAACCGGAAAAAGGAAAAGUAGAGCGGUCCCAAAUUAAAGAGCCUCAAUCGCCACCGGAAGUUGUGGGAGGGCCAGAAGCUUCUCAAGAAGAAGAGCCUGAAGAAAUGGAGUAUUGCUUAGCGAGAUUAGGGACUGAUAAGGCUAGAAUCGCUUUUGAACGAGCGUUGGAAUUGCAAAAUGACAAUGCCGAAGCUUGUUACAUUCUUGCGCGGUUCUUCCAUUUCAACAGAGACUAUGAAAAGGCGUUCAAGUACUAUUAUCAAGCAACUACGUUGAAUCAUCCUACUUUCGUUUUGCCCCAGUAUGGCCUUGGGCCUCGGAAUUCGAAGAUGUUUGGAUGA